AUGGCUCUCAAGGAUACAUUCAGCUUGUUCAUCCUAUUUGCCUGCUUCGUCACUGCUUUUGCUGGAUCUGAUAUAAAGAAUCUAUAUGCUCUGAAGGAUGAACUCGUUGAAUCAAAGCAAUUCCUUUGGGACUGGUUCGAUACAGAAACUCCUCCAUGCAUGUGGUCACAUAUCACUUGUGUGGACAAUGCUGUUGCAGCCAUUGAUUUGUCAUAUAUGCCGCUCCAUGUUCCUUUCCCAUUAUGCAUCACGGCAUUCCAGUCACUUGUUCGUCUCAACUUAAGUAGGUGUGAUUUAUUCGGUGAGAUUCCAGAAGCCUUGGGAAAUUUGACGCAUCUCCAGUACCUGGACUUGAGCAGCAACCAGCUUACUGGGAUCGUGCCUUACGCAUUAUAUGAUUUGAAGAUGCUGAAAGAAAUACUGUUAGACAGAAACAGCUUGUCUGGACAAUUGAUCCCUGCCAUUGCUAAGCUUCAGCAACUCGCUAAGUUAACCAUAUCCAAGAACAACAUCUCUGGACAACUUCCUCAAGAGAUGGGCAGUCUGAAGGACCUAGAGGUCCUGGACUUUCACCAGAACUGCUUCAAUGGAUCAAUACCAGAAGCAUUAGGCAACCUGUCUCAGCUCUUCUACCUUGAUGCAAGCAAGAAUCAGCUCACUGGAUCAAUAUUUCCAGGAAUAAGCACAUUGUUGAACCUGCUGACACUUGAAUUAUCUUCAAAUUUUUUUAAGGGGCCAAUACCUAAGGAGAUUUCUCGCCUGGAAAAUCUAGAGAGCUUGGUUCUGGGGUCCAACAAUUUCACUGGAAGCAUUCCAAAGGAGAUUGGUAACCUGAAGAAGCUAAGAAAACUCAUUCUCUCUAAAUGCAACUUAUCAGGCACCAUCCCUUGGUCAAUUGGUGGUCUUAAAAGCCUACAGGAAUUUGAUAUAUCAGAUAACAACUUCAAUUCGGAACUCCCAGCAUCUAUUGGUGAGCUGGGAAAUUUGACUGUCCUGGUUGCAAUGAGAGCAAAGCUCAUAGGCAGCAUACCAAAAGAACUUGGUAACUGCAAGAAGCUUACUCACCUGCGUCUGUCCUUCAAUGCCUUCACUGGUUGUAUGCCCAAAGAACUUGCAGGUUUAGAAGCUAUUGUCCGUUUUGAGGUGGAAGGUAACAAUCUGUCAGGUCAUAUUGCUGAUUGGAUUCAAAACUGGGGAAAUGUUGUAUCUAUAAGACUGGGAAAUAACAAGUUCAAUGGUUCUAUACCUCCUGGCAUAUGUCAAUCCAACUCGCUUCAGUCACUCGACUUGAAUUUUAACAAUCUGACAGGGAGUAUCAAGGAGACAUUUAUGAGAUGCAGGAACCUUACUCAACUGAAUUUGCAAGGCAACCAUUUCCAUGGUGAGAUACCAGAAUACUUGGCUGAGUUACCGCUCACAAUUCUGCAAUUGCGCUACAACAAUUUUACAGGAGUCUUGCCUGCCAAGUUGUUUAAUUCAUCAACAAUUUUGGAGAUAGAUCUCAGCUAUAAUAAGCUCACUGGCUGUAUUCCUGAGAGCAUUGGUGAGCUCCGCGGCUUGCAGAGGUUGCGGAUGAGCAGUAACUGCUUGGAAGGACCAAUCCCGCCGGCGAUAGGUGCUCUAAAGAAUUUGAAUGAAAUUUGUCUUGAUGGGAAUAGACUAUCUGGGAACAUCCCGCAAGAGCUCUUCAACUGCAGAAACCUAGUCAAGCUAAACCUGAGCUCUAAUAAUCUGAACGGAACCAUCUCAAGAUCCAUAUCUCAAUUGACUUCACUCACUGGCUUGGUUUUGUCUCACAACCAACUCUCUGGUUCCAUUCCUGCUGAGAUAUGUGGGGGAUUCACGAAUCCAUCUCACCCUGAAUCAGAGUAUGUUCAAUAUCAUGGCUUACUUGAUCUGUCAUACAACCGGUUGACUGACCGUAUCCCACCAGGAAUCAAGAAUUGUGUUAUUCUGGAGGAGCUACACCUGCAAGUUAACUUGCUGAAUGAAUCUAUUCCUGUGGAGCUUGCUGAGCUGAAGAAUCUUAUGACCGUUGAUCUCUCUUUUAAUGAAUUGGUUGGACCUAUGCUUCCUUGGUCCACACCAUUGGUCAAUCUGCAAGGCCUUUUUCUGUCUAAUAACCACCUCACUGGCAAUAUUCCUGCUGAGAUAGGUCGCAUCCUUCCCAACAUCGUGGUUCUAAACUUGUCCUGUAAUGCAUUUGGGGCUACCCUACCCCAAUCUCUACUAUGCAGCAAGACCCUGAACCUUCUGGAUGUCAGUAACAACAACCUCUCUGGUAAAAUCCCGUCAUCUUGUACUGGGUUUGAAGGAUCAUCGAGCCAACUGAUCUUGUUCAAUGCAAGCAGUAACCAUUUCUCAGGGAGCCUAGAUGGAUCUAUCUUAAAUUUUGCACAUUUGUCUUCUCUUGAUAUCCACAACAAUAGCCUCAACGGGAGCUUGCCAGCAGCACUGUCCAAUCUCAGUUUGUACUACCUUGAUGUCUCAAAGAAUGAUUUCAGUGGUGCCAUCCCUUGUGGUAUGUGCAAUCUAUCUAACAUUACGUUUGUCGAUUUCUCUGGUAAAAUUAUUGGCAUGCGUAGCUUCUCAGAUUGUGCAGCAUCAGGCAUUUGUGCUGCUAAUAGUACCAGUACCAAUCAUGUGGAGGUUCAUAUACCUCAUGGAGUUGUAAUAGCACUGAUCAUUACUGGCGCCAUUCUCAUUGUGGUUCUUCUUGUGGUUUUUGUGACAUGGAUGAUGUUGACAAACAGGUCAUUACCUCUUGUAUCUGCCAGUGAAUCCAAGGCUACAAUUGAGCUUGAGCCAACCUCAAGUAAAGAGCUCCUAGGAAAAAAGUCAAGGGAACCUCUGAGCAUCAAUCUUUCUACAUUUGAGCAUGGACUGCUGAGGGUUACCAUGGAUGAUAUCCUGAAAGCUACCAAUAAUUUCAGCGAGGUGCACAUCAUAGGCCAUGGUGGGUUUGGGACUGUCUAUGAAGCAGCAUUCCCUGAAGGACAGAGGGUCGCUAUCAAGAGGCUUCAUGGUAGCUACCAGUUCCUUGGUGACCGUCAAUUCCUUGCUGAGAUGGAGACCAUUGGAAAGGUGAAGCAUCAUAACCUUGUUCCCCUAGUUGGCUACUGCGCUCGUGGUGAUGAGCGUUUCCUGAUCUAUGAAUACAUGCAUCAUGGGAGCCUUGAGACGUGGCUGAGGAACCAUGAAAAUACACCUGAAACAAUUGGAUGGCGUGAACGUCUCAGGAUCUGCCUCGGUUCUGCUAAUGGACUCAUGUUCCUCCACCAUGGCUUUGUGCCCCAUAUCAUCCAUCGGGACAUGAAGUCAAGCAACAUUCUAUUGGAUGAGAACAUGGAGCCGAGGAUCUCUGACUUUGGCCUUGCAAGGAUAAUCAGUGCCUAUGACACCCAUGUUAGCACCACCGUCUCUGGCACGCUUGGUUACAUUCCCCCAGAAUAUGCGCUGAUUAUGGAAUCUACCGCGAGGGGAGAUGUCUACAGCUUUGGCGUAGUCAUGCUGGAGGUGCUCACUGGACGGCCACCUACAGGGAAAGAGGUGGAAGAUGGCGGUGGGAACCUUGUCGACUGGGUGCGGUGGAUGAUUGCACGCGGUCGGGAGGGUGAGUUGUUUGAUCCAUGCCUGCCCGUUUCAGGUCUGUGGCAUGAACAGAUGGUUCGCGUGCUUGCCAUUGCUCAGGAUUGCACUGCCGACGAGCCAUCGAAGAGGCCGACCAUGGUGGAGGUGGUGAAGGGACUCAAGAUGGUCCAGCUGAUGAAACAUGAAUCUCACAACCUCCAGCAAUUUGUGGCGCAGCCAUGA